UUGAACAGGCUACGCUCACGACAAUAGCUCCGGCAUUAAACUCUCCGUGAACCUCAUAUUGGUGCCUGCUGCAUUUCUAUGAGCCUUGGUGACGCUAAUUUCUUCUGCUAAACUACCUCGAGAGAUUCAAUUCCAAGGACUUUUCUUCGGAUGACUGAUAUCUCACCGGAGCAAAGCAGACAGGUCAGAUUUCGUGUGAAGAAUGUCAUCCAAAAGUGGGAGCAGCUUCGCCCAGGCUCGACGCAUGGUGCAGCAGCUUCGGAUAGAGGCCAGGAUCGACAGGAUAAAGGUAUCCAAGGCCUCCUCUGACCUCAUGCGCUACUGCAGUGAACACGCCAAAUAUGACCCUCUGCUUGCGGGCAUACCUGCUUCAGAAAAUCCCUUCAAAGACAAGAAACCCUGCAUCCUUCUAUAGGCCAACCUAUACCAGCAGUACCCCGACAGUUCAGACCUAUUUUUUCGCUACAGUUGAUAAGCAGAUGACUUCCCCGCCUUCGAGCAGGAUUGCAGAUAAGAGGACCAAAGCGGUGGAUCAAACAGAAAUUAUUUGAGGUUGCCUUAAAAGAGCUAGCAAGCACAUUUGUCUCACUUAAUUGUUAUCUAAAGUGAUCUUAAGGGGCUAGUGAAAAGGAGGGGUACAACUUGAAUAGGGGAGAGUGUUUUGGGCUUAUUAUCCCAGCAUGCGAUUCUCAGUUCGUCAAGGUUCAUCUCCUCUCGCCUCAAAUGUGC